CGUCUCUCAAUCACCAGGCACGCUUCACUUCUAGCCGCCGCACUUUGACCCCACGAAUUUGGAAGUUCGGGAGAGCCUGUCCAAGAGACCGUUGUCAUAGUGCGCGCACGGUUCUACCACGCGACGCGAAAAAUGACGUCCGUUACUUUCACGUCCGUUCACUUCACCCGGGGUACGCUAGUAUAUAAAGCGCGCUCCGGGGGAGCUAUACAAGAUGGAGACUCGCACAGCACUAAAGAGAGCCAACCAUGGCUGCCCUACUCUCCGUCUGGCUCCUAGUUGCGGCACUGCUUAGUCCAACAACCCUUGCACAAGAUGGUACGUGUACUGCUUCAAGACUACAACUGUCCGACCCGCCGUACGAGAGCUAUUUCCUUUCGGACUGCCACUCGAGCUCCCACGUAAUCCUCACAAGCCCAGGCUCGGGCAGUGACGCCAGCCCCCGAUUGCUCAUCGCAUGGCCCGCCGGCAACAGUGGAAUCGCCGCCUUUUUCAAGCCCGAGAACGGCAACAGUGGAACUCUGGGCUUGCACUUGGAGAACAGCACGGCAUCCGGGCAGAUUCUUGACUCCGUGAACCUGCCCGGGAAUCCAAAUCCCCGGGUGGGCGUCUCUGGUUUUAUUCACUUCGACUCGCCAGCUAUCCUUACGCUACCAAUACUGGGUAGUAUCCGUAAUAUUCGGGACUACACCGAGGGUGGAGGCAAUCUCAAUAAGGAUGCCCAGAAUGCUGUCCAGAUCGUCAAAUACAAUGACGAUGGCGCCACCAUCUACCGCACAUGGUUCGACGACACCACGACGACAUGGCUCGACUUUUCGCCAUCUAGCGGCGCAGAUGCAGUCAAGAUUAUCCCGGGCGAUAAAUACACCGUCCGCUUUGGAACUGGCACCUAUCGAUUUUCAGCGACCUUCAACUACCCUCAGAUGCAACAGCUGAGUCCGCAGCAAGUGCUCGACGAAGCAUCUGCGGGCUUGAUCAACCAGAACCCAGACCAGACAAUCUCCCUAUCCUUCCUCUCAUACAAGGAGAAACUACUUGCUGGCACUUGGCGGUUCCUAACCUACUUUGGUCGCGACAGCAUGAUUUCGGCGCUGCUCAUGCAGCCGAUCCUCAGCCAAGGAGAAGGAGGCGCGAUUGAGGCAGUUAUUGCGGCGGUUCUGGAGCGCAUCAACCGAGCGGACGGAACAGUAUGCCAUGAAGAGAUUAUCGGCGACUAUUCGACCUUGCUCAACCGCCAGAAGGGUAUCAAAUCCACGGCGCCAGGCUGCGACUACAAGAUGAUUGACACCGAUUACUUCCUGCCCGUCCUCAUGAAGAAUUACUUUGUGGAUACGCAAAUAGGAAAGGAUCGCGCUUCGGACUUUCUGGGUACCAAGGCUUCUUUUCUAGCUGAAAACUCUGGACUCGCGUAUUCGGCGCUCGCACAGCUCACGGCUGAGAAGAUCAUGAAGACGAGUGCUGCAUUCGCUGCGAAGGGUGGGCAGACCGUUGCCAAUCUCAUCCACCUGAAAGACGGCGAAUCCGUGGGAGAAUGGCGAGACUCCAAUAAUGGGCUUGCAGGAGGUAGAAUACCCUACGACGUCAACACCGCACUCGUCCCUAGCGCACUGCGUGCCAUCGCCGCUUUGAGCAGCGCCGGCUUCUUUCCGGACCACUCCGACUGGAAAGACACAGCCGAUCAAUAUGCGCAGGUAUGGGAGGACUCCACGCUGCAGUUCUUCCAGGUCAAUGUUGGUGCAUCCGAAGCGAAAAGCCUACUCUCAGACUACGUCAGCCAGUCCUCCUUCGCGGGACCUUCCAACGGCGAUGACAUCACCGAGGAUGUUACGUUCUACGGUCUCGCGCUGGGUAGCAAUGGAGACGUAGUCCGCGUCAUGAACACCGAUGACUGCUUCCGCCACUUCCUGCUCAACACUACGAACCAAACCCAGCUCAGCGCAUAUCUAGGCCAGACCGCAGACAACAUCCUGCGCACAUUUCCCGCCGGCUUGUCCAGCGAUGUGGGCUUGUUCGUUGCCAACCCGGCAUAUGGCGGUGACGCUAGCAUCGCCUCUAAUUUCAAGAACUCUGACUACCACGGCACCGUCGUGUGGAGCUGGCAGCUCGCCAUGAUGGCUGCAGGACUCGCGCGCCAACUCGAUCGCUGCCGUACAGGCGACCAACCAGACUUCUGCAACGACGGGAACCUCCAGAAGAAAGUCCUCACUGCCUACAACCACCUCUGGGAUCUCAUCAACGCCAACAGCGACCAGCUGAGCGGCGAAAUGUGGAGCUGGAAGUACGACAACGGAUUCCAGGUCGUGCCCUUUAGCUCGUACUCAACGACUGAGAGCGAUAUCCGCCAGCUGUGGAGCUUGACUUUUCUUGCGAUACACUGGGAUAACGUAUAGGCCGCCGAGGCUGAGGCCGGGCCCGGUAGCUAAGCCACAUUGUAGAUCUUUGUGGGAUCCGCUCGCUUUGCUGAGGCUCUUCUUCCCGGGCGUGACGAUGUUCUUGCGGAUUCCGCAUGAUGCGAGAUGUCAGUUUUAGGG